GGAGGAGCGGUGGGCCCUGACGCACAGCUGGACACACUGGACACAGCGCCAACUUUCACUGCUGCAAAACACCGAAGAAAUCCUGAUUUUUCACUAAGCAUCGGGCCAAUUAGUGGAACUCUGCUGGAAUAUUGAUCGGGAAACUUUGAUCUUGGCCAUUCUAACAUCGCGGACACACCAUCAGACACACGCUGCCAGGCCCCGAGCGAAGCCCAAAGUGUGGAUGUGUGUGAACAUGUGUGCGUGAUUGCCACUAAGUGUGUAUUUUUAGAUUGCUGAGUGACUUUGUGUGAGCAAAGAUCUUGCUGUGCGGGUGCGAGAAUGAGGGCCAUCGCCGUUCUGCUGUGUCUCCUGAUGGCCGCUGAGGUUGGAGCCUCUCGGUUCAUCCGUGACACCCAGGGUGUCCCCGAAACUUCAGAACCCUCAAAGACAAACGCCUCCAUCCUGCGUCCACCCCUGCAGCCAGCGCGGCCACGGGGCUCCUUCCCCCCCAUGUGCAUUAAGCCGACGGAGAUCAAGCACGCCUUCAAGUACGUGAACACCAUCGUGUCCUGCCUGAUCUUUGUGGUGGGGAUCAUCGGCAACUCGACGCUGCUGAGGAUCAUAUACAAAAACAAAUGUAUGAGGAACGGCCCUAAUGUCCUGAUUGGCAGCCUGGCUCUGGGGGACCUGCUUUAUAUCAUCAUCGCCAUCCCUAUCAACGUGUACAAGCUGAUAGCCGAGGACUGGCCGUUUGGCGUGUACGUCUGUAAGCUGAUGCCGUUCAUCCAGAAAGCUUCAGUGGGAAUCACCGUCCUCAGCCUGUGUGCCCUCAGUAUUGAUCGCUACCACGCAGUCACGUCAUGGAGCAGGGUGAAGGGGAUGGGGAUCCCUCUGUGGAAAGCAGUGGAGGUGACUCUGAUCUGGCUGGCUGCCGUGGUGCUCGCAGUCCCUGAGGCGCUGGCGUUCGACAUGCUGGAGAUGCCGUACAGAGGCAACAAGCUGCGCGUGUGUCUGCUGCAUCCAAAACAGACCACCAGCUUUAUGAAGUUCUACCAGGAUGUAAAAGACUGGUGGCUGUUUGGUUUCUAUUUCUGCUUCCCGCUGGCCUGCACAGGAAUCUUCUACACGCUGAUGUCCUGCGAGAUGCUCAGUCGCAAAAAAGGCAUGCGCAUCGCCCUCAACGACCACAUGAAACAGCGGCGGGAAGUAGCAAAGACGGUGUUCUGCCUGGUGUUGAUUUUUGCUCUCUGCUGGCUGCCCCUUCAUCUCAGCCGUAUUCUGAAGAAAACAAUCUACGACCAAAAUGACCCCAACCGCUGUGAACUGCUAAGCUUCCUGUUAGUGAUGGAUUACAUUGGCAUCAACAUGGCCUCCCUAAACUCCUGCAUUAACCCGAUCGCCCUCUACUUUGUCAGCCAGAAGUUUAAAAACUGCUUCCAGUCUUGCCUGUGCUGUUGGUGCUACAGAACAUCUCCCCUGGAUGACCGAAGCUCAGGAGGACGCUGGAAGGGCUCUUGCCACGUGAACGGACUGGACCGCUCCAGCUCCCGCUCCAGUCAGAAAUACACAAGCUCUUCUUAAACACAAUACACACAUUUUCCGCCAAACUCAUGUUUCCAGCAGCUCCCAUCAUGGAGAAUCAGCACCGUCACUGCAAACAGAUCGGAUCCAACUGAGGACGGAAAAAUGGAGCGCGGUAGAGGUCACUUCUGCUGGACUCAGACUGAAGGACUCUGAUCCAAUGUGAUGAAUGAAAUGCCAGGACUGUAUCCAUUCAGGCUGUAACUGCAAAUGAUGAAACCAAGACUACACGAAUCUGUUCAUACUCCGACACUGAGGCGUGUGUAGAGGACUGAAAGGCUGUCAGUGGUCAAUACAUUUAUAGAUUUAUGUACAGGAUUAUUUACAUGCAGAUUGCGUACCUAUGAUUAUAUCCAGCCUUACUGCCUCAUGUAUGAAUAACAGCUCUGAUUAGUACUACCCGUUGAAGCUUCAAUACCUCACAGGGAACGAUAGAGGGAAACUGUGACCCCGAAUUAUUUUUAAGAAACGCAUGAGUGUGCCAAUCACAAUCAAGGCUGGUGAUUACCUGACAACCAACUGUGUGCUGAGCUCCUCCACACCCAAGUGCCUGCUGACAUCACACCGGAGCAAAAAAGGGGCCCCACUGUCAUGCAGAGAGUCGCAAAUCUCUUAUCUGGAAAUCAUCGCCGCUUUGAGUCAUGUGUAGGCCAGCUGUUGUCUGACAAACACCAGAUGAUUCCCGUCAUGCUACAGAAGAGGUCAUUUAUUAGUUAUUUUAUUAUUUGUUGUUGUUUUCCAGUGUCAUAUGCUGAUUCUAUUUUGUAUAAAGUCUUAAUCCAUCUCUUAUAAUGUAGCUUCUAUUUUUCUAAGAAUAUAUAUCACAAAACACGUGUUCAUCUGCAAACACAAGGUGUCUAUUUAUCAUUUCCUAAUAUUUAACCUCCAUCAGCGAGAGGUCAUGUUACAAAGAUGUUGCUGCGGCUGGAAACUAGUCCGAUAAUUAUUUCUUAGAGCUGCCCAUGGAAAACAUUUCCUAAAAUUAACCCCUUAAGGGCUUUAGGGAGGAAAAGUAAAACCUGUACAGCUGGAUGUUGUUAGUGGGGAUUACAUUUUUUUUUUUAACUGUGCAGUGAUAUAUUGUUUCCAUUGAAUAUAUUCUAGGUUAAAUGCAGGAACUCUAAUGUUUAACCAACAUUUGUGGAGGGGGGAUGCCGACUAAAGAGAUAUAUGAAGAGAAAUGUGUUCCUAAUAUUCCAACUUAGGACUCAGCUGUAGCUGAAAGCAGCUGCAAAGGCUCCGUAGUCACAUACUUGUGACAAAUCUUGUGAUAAACAUCGUUAAAAAAAAACAAAAAAACUUUUACACUAUGUCUUGCCCUUUAAAGAGUCAGACAUGAGGAAAAACUACUCAGUCAAAGACAAAACAUUGAUUGUGUGUUCCUCGUAUCAUAAUUUGGGGUGAACUUGCAAGUUGUAAUUCACUGAAAUGUAAAAUGAAUUCCAGUUUUGAACACUGGCAGCAGUAAUAGCAUUUACUGAUGAUACAAACACAAGAUGAAGUCAUUCUUUGGCUCUCAGUGGGAAGACAGUGUUGGACACCUCACAUAUUUUGAGUUUUCUAUAUCAGCCUUUUCAGCAAAUGUGUCCCCUUUCAGAACCACAAUAGUGCCGAGAAACCAGACAUGGUGUUUGUUCACACCGAAGCUUUUUAAAAAAGAUUUAUGUUAUAUGCAAAUAUUUCAUACAAAACGAUUCCUUUGCCGCUGUAUUAGAGCGCUCAAAUCAGCCGAUCAAGCAGUAUGUGACUUAUUAACUCAUUAUAUGUAUUUAUCAUCCUCACGCUGCUUUUCAUUGCUUAUAAAGGGGACUGUGUACUGGAAGGUCUGAGCAGCUUUGUGACUCUUUAAAGACAUUUAGAAGUCAUUUGAGGUUGAGAAUAAAAUGUAAUGUGAAUAUCG